AUGUCAGGAACAAAUUUCACUCUCAUUAUGGAACUUGUUCUUCUUGGAUUUUCUGACCUUCCCAAUCUCCAGGGAUUUCUGUUUGGUGUCUUCUUAGUCAUCUACAUGAUUAUCCUGAUAGGAAAUGGCCUUAUCAUUGUCAUAACCAAGGUUGAUCCAGGUCUUCAAACACCGAUGUAUUUUUUUCUUGGAAAUUUUUCCUUUGUGGAAAUCUGUUAUACAUCUGUUACACUCCCAAGAAUGCUGAUGAAUCUUUUGACACAGAACAGACAUAUUUCUCUAGUGGCCUGUGCUGUUCAGCUUUGUUUCUUUCUUAUUCUUGUUGUAACAGAGUGUUUACUCCUGGCUGUGAUGGCAUAUGACCGUUAUGUGGCCAUUUGUAAGCCUCUAUACUAUCCAGUCAUCAUGAGCCAUAAAGUGUGUGUCCAUCUGGUGAUUGGCUCCUGGAUCACUGGUAUCCCAGUGGUGAUAGGGCAGACUUAUCAUAUUUUUUCCCUGCCUUUCUGUGGUUCUAACAAACUGAAUCAUGUUUUCUGUGACAUGCCUCCAGUAGUGAAGCUGACCUGUGGGAACACUUUUGUAAAUGAAUUCUCAGUCUAUGCUGAUGCUGUCCUCUUUGCUUUGAUUCCCUUUCUGUUGAUACUUGCGUCCUAUGUAAAAAUUAUCAUGACCAUCCUGAAAAUGUCCUCAACUAUUGGAAGAUACAAACUGUUCUCGACUUGCUCUUCUCACCUCAUAGUUGUCAUCUUAUUCUUUGGGUCUGGUUUGGUCGUGUAUUUCAGACCCAAGUCCAACCACAUAGAAGGAUUAAACAAAGUUUUUUCUCUGUUCUACACCAUUGUGACACCAAUGUUUAACCCUAUGAUAUACACAUUAAGGAACAAAGAUGUCAUUGGAGCUUUGAGAAAAUUAAUACUCAAUUGA